CAUUUGGCAUUUGACAUUCUUGGUGUCCUACCUUCCAACUUUCCAGACGAGUCAAACCCUACGAAACUGUAGUAGGUGGGAAACAUGGCCGGGAAGAAGCAAAUGACGCUUGCGUCUUUUUGGAACAAGGGAGGGAAACCAACAAAGGAGGAAGUAACAUCGGGUGGAGAGAGCAUCGAGCCGAAUGCCACCGGGAAAGCACCAGGAGCGGUUGAACCUUCAGAAAAAGUCAGACCCAAAGAACUGUUAGAAGAUACGGCGGUGGAAGACAUCAAGAACACUGUGCAGACCGCCAGUCAGAAAAGAUUGUCUGAAGACAACGACGAAUCUGAUGAUGUCGAUGAUCGUGGGAAGGAAAACAUGGACAUUGGAAGUGAGAGCAGCAGCAUAUCACCGCAUGGUGCUGAGAACGGCCGAAGAUCACCGAGAAAGAGAACGACAAAGGAUGCGGCACAAGAUUCGGAGAGGCCGAGUAAAAAAGCGCGUAGAAUAAUUACCGACUCUGAGUCGGACACUGAUAUUGAUAGUGACAAGUUUGGAGAUUUGGAAGAGACACCUACCACAUCAUCUUCAGAAAAGAAAACAACACAAGCAGAGAAAGCACCCAGAUCCACCCCUAGGGCCGGAUCGGACGCGGCAUUGCGUCCCACUGGAGAAAAUGCAACAGCACCCAAGGAUAGGUUGGGUGAGCACACACCAGAAGCAGAUGUAUCGGACGGAGCGGAAGCGGAUACUAUCGAGGAGGAAGUUGACGAUGCAAAGAUUGCCAAGGCGACUGCAAAGAUGGUGACCACUGGGAGCCUUACUAGCAAGGCAGAGAGUCUAGCAUGGAAGAAGGGUUCUCCGGUACCAUACGCGGCACUCUGCAAGACAUUUGAGCAGAUUGAAUCUACCACCAAAAGACUUCAGAUUCUAGCGUUCCUCACAGCCUUUUUCAAGGAUGUAAUACAACUGUCGCCAAAAGAUUUGGUUGCAUGCAUUUACCUUUGUCUCAAUAGAAUAGGUCCUGAAUAUGAAGGCAAGGAGCUUGGCAUUGGCGAGAGCAUUCUGGUAAAAGCAGUGGCAUCAGCGACUGGUCGAUCUGCCCAAAGCAUCAAAACGGAUAUGGCACAGCACGGUGAUUUGGGAACAGUAGCUCAGACAAGCAGAGGGCAUCAGAAGACAAUGUUUCCGCCACCACCACUGACCGUUGUUUCCGUUUACAAGACCUUGAAUGAAAUUGCCUCCAUUACUGGGCAGUCUUCCCAAAGCCUCAAAAUUGGCAAAAUCAACAAACUUCUGGUGGCAUGUCGUGACAAUGAGCCGAAAUAUCUUAUACGUUCUUUGGAGGGAAAACUACGUAUUGGGUUGGCGGAACAAUCUAUUUUACAAGCGCUAGCGCAUGCCGCGACCCUGACAGAUUCAUCGGUUGUCAAGCUGUCCGAGGACAAACGAGCCACCGUGCUGGCAGAAGCUGCAGCUACCUUCAAACAUGUGUAUAAUGAGCUUCCCAAUUACGAUGAGAUUGUCCCAGUACUACUGGAAAAAGGCAUCAAGGAAUUACCAAAGUACUGCAAGCUACGGCCUGGAGUGCCGUUGAAACCAAUGCUUGCCCAUCCUACAAAGUCCCUUACGGAUGUUUUGAACCGCUUUGAAAACAUGACCUUUACUUGUGAAUAUAAGUACGAUGGGGAACGUGCUCAGAUUCAUUUGCUGGAGUAUGGAAAGAUUGUAAUAUACAGUAGAAACUCGGAGAAUCUGUCCGCCAAGUAUCCAGAUAUCAUUGAAGCCAUCCCGAAGAUUCCAAAAGAGGGUGUCAAAUCUUUCGUACUUGACUGCGAGGCUGUGGCUUGGGAUCGGCAAAAGCAAUGCAUCCUGCCAUUUCAGGUGCUGAGUACCCGAAAGCGUAAGGACGUGCAAGCAGCAGACAUCCAAGUUCAAGUCUGUGUCUUUGCUUUCGAUCUUUUGUACCUAAACGGAGAGCCGUUGACAACAAAACAUUUGAAAGACCGUCGCGAUGUUCUUUAUGAGCAUUUCAACGAGGUUGACGGAGUCUUCGCUUUUGCUAAACAUAAGGAAUCAAGUAAUGUAGAAGAGAUCCAAACAUUUUUGGAUGAAGCGGUAGAAGGGAAUUGCGAAGGUUUGAUGGUGAAGACCCUUGUGCAAGAAGCUUCGUACGAACCAAGUAAGAGAUCAAGAAAUUGGCUCAAGGUCAAGAAAGACUAUUUGAGUGGUGUUGGUGAUACGUUUGAUCUUGUCGUGAUUGGCGGAUACAUCGGCCGAGGGAAGCGUACUGGAUGGUAUGGAGGAUACCUAUUAGCAUGCUAUGAUGAAGAUCGUGAGGAGUAUCAAAGUAUUUGCAAGAUUGGAACCGGAUUUUCAGAAGAGCAGUUAGCGGAGCAUGCAAAGUUUUUCAAAGAUCACAUCAUUGACCGCCCCAAGUCAUAUUAUCAGUGGAGUGACACUCCCAAUCUGCGACCUGACGUGUGGUUUGAUGCUGUACAGGUGUGGGAGGUGAAAGCCGCCGACCUCUCUAUUUCACCAGUACACAAAGCAGCUAUUGGGCACGUUGACCCCAACAAAGGAAUCAGCUUGCGCUUCCCGCGGUUCAUGAGAGUUCGCGAUGAUAAGAAGCCUGAACAGGCAACCAAUGCUUCACAGGUGGCGGACUUUUAUCGAAGUCAAAAGAUAAAUAGCGCUGCUGGUGAGCUAGAUGAUGAGUAAAGUCCUCGGAUGGUAUAACGUAGUUGGUGAGGAAUCUCUAGGUUCAAUGGGUAUAUUGAAACUUUCACUCGAGCUUCCCUUGAAGCUGUGUACAUGUAUAUCAUUAAGGACUAGUCUACGCUGGCGGAAGGAAAUUUGCAAACAGAACCGUUGUGACCAUCCCGUAUAGGA